AUGGUUUCAUCAAGAUUAUUUUUAAUGUUCGCUUUCACCUUUAUGAUUGCCUUAGCAAAAUCCGUUCCGGUUAAAGAUAGUCCAUCAUUCAUACUGCCAUCAGUUGAUUCCAAAGAAAUAAUUUCAACGAUAUUUAAUACAAACAAAAGAUUAAUAGUUCCUGUUAAAAUAUCAUAUGAUGAUGUGAAUAUAAGUACUUCUGUCGUUGUAGUGAAUUUAAAAGUAGAGAAUAAUAAAUUAAUAAUAAAUGAUGAUGUCUCGUUAAAAUUAGGAAAAACUUCUGUUCAGGUGAUUGAAGCAAAAGUUAUUCCAACUGAUAUUAGUAAAGAUGAAAUCGAUGAUUACUUUGAUAAUUAUGAUAUUGCUCUCAUAACUGUUGAAAUAAAUUCUUCAGUGUGUUCAAUUCCAAAAAAGAUCGACAAUUUGAUAAUUAACCGUGUAAUAAUAUCUAUAACUAUUAUGGAGAUUGAUGGUGUGGAAGUUGUGCAAGCAAAAGUAAUUGAAAAAAUAUUGGAAAUCAAACAAAUCAGGAAAUACAUCUCACCUUCAUCUGACGAAUUUAGCAACUAUUAUCAAAUCGUUAAACACCAUCAUCAUCGUUCACCUUGUUUUGAAAUUGUAGCGCAUGCUUCUGUUGUAGCUCUGAAGAUUGCAGCUGAUUUGAUAAUGGUUGCGUUAUUUCUUGGACGCCAAGCCUGUGUGAUGAAAGAAGGAGCUGCUUUUUGCAAUAGGUGCAUUGAUAAAAAAAGCAAAUGCACUUUUGAUAGAACUAUCAAAAAAAGAGGCCGCAAACCAAAAGAAAAUUCUGAUAACAGAAAUGGCCACCAAUGUUGUUAUAGUGGUAGCGAACCUUUGGCUAAUGGCCGUGACUUGCACGAGGGUUCCGAAUGCUUUUUGAGUUCAGAAAGCAAUUCUUUGGAACAAGCACUGUUUUGA